AUGGACAACAGCAGUUCCUCCCUCACUGACCCUUCUGUCCCCGUCGAUCUCUUCGACAUCACCCACGCCAUGCCGCCCUCCCUCAACCACAACAGCACCCUCACCGACCUCCCUUACAUCAUCGAUCCUCUCGGUACCAUCCACAACAUGAAACUCCCCGUCUUCCACAACCCCAUACCCAUCGACCUUCCACUUCCCGCAAGCAUCCUCGACUAUAUCUACCUCAUGGAGCAUCCUCUAACACUCACCAACCACUGUAUAGUCACCACAGCAAUCCCCAAUAAUGCUGCUCUCCCUGGAGCUCUUAUUGCCGAGACUAAUGGAAAUUGGAUCACCCACGUCCCAAGCAAUACAGUGCUUCAGCUCCCUCACCAUCAGCCUUACCUCAACCAGCAAGGUACAGACAACGCUAUCGCUCAGGAAGUCGACUACAAUAACGAGCCAAGCACCGCCAUAGGAUCAUAUUCAGUCGCUGGUCCUACCAUACCCACCGGACACACAUAUGUUCCCCUCACCCACUGUCAUCCACAGGUCAAUACGCGCGACCAAGCUACCGCCACUUUCACCACUCGUCUCGGCCAAGAGCUAGCGCCAAUGUUCCACAAGAAGGUCUUUGUCGAUUCAGUUUCCUGUGAGGCGUACGCAGAAUCGGAGUACCUUGGUGGAGGAACGUUUGGAGCUGUCUACGAGGUUGUUGACCGCUUUGGGACGAUCUCGGCGUUGAAGGCUCCAAAGAGAGCAGCCAAACCUGAAAUAAUUCAACGCGAGAUAGAUCUGCUCAAGGCGGUCAAGGGUUGCACCAACGUAGUGGAGUUCCUGAGUGAGGUCAACGAUCUCAAGCAGGGACGAUGCCUCCGAUUUGAGAUGUGUUUCCAUAGAGACUUCCUCCAGCUGCUGGCAAAGAGGGGUGCCUUGACUAGGCCGGAAGUGCUCUAUUUUGGUAGACAGAUCUUGGAAGGACUACACGCGAUUCACAGCAAGGGCAUCAUCCAUAGAGAUAUGAAGCCCGAGAACAUCUUGGUCGCUUCAGGCAUGACGCUCAAGAUUGCGGAUUUCGGAUGGGGAUUACGGAAACCAAAGAAAGGCAAGCAAUCUGUCCCUGUCACUGGAAGAGCCGGAUCAUUGGGAUAUGCGGCGCCCGAGUCGUUCUUCAACGGAGAACAUGAUUUCCCCCUCGAUAUCUUCGCCACGGGGAUCAUCUUCAUCUAUAUUAUGACUGGCACGAAGCCCCGCAUCACAGACGAGUAA